AUGGAAGACGACGCCAAAAAAAAAAAAAAAAAAACGAUUACGACGAUACGAAGCCGACAUCAGCCACGAGCCUGCGAAAAAAAAGGCGUGUACGGUGUGGCAUCCCGCGUACACAAUUACGCACAGGGCGUGAGCGUGCGGACGGACGAAUCCCGUCCGACUGGAGACGGCGAACCCAAAGGAGAUAAGCCCCAGGGCCCCCCCCCCCCAGAGGAACCGACGGAGAAGACAACCUCCCGCAAUUGCCCUGCCAGAAAUCCGCUGGACGGGCGACAGAACUGUUCCCUCGGGGCCCGAACGUGGAGAUACGUGGUGCGCAUAGGGGCCCGAGCGCGUCCCUUUUUCGAGGCCGAGGCCACCGUCAUCCCGCGCUGA